CGAGCUCAUGUCUUGACUUGACCAGUCAGUCCGACAUCGCAAUCGAUGUUCAGAUCACCAAAGAUCGAGUGAAGACACACAUCAAACACAAGUACACGCGUGGCGCGGAAAGAGCUGUGACGUCACAUGACAGAAGCCAGUCGAUCACUCGAGUGACUCCCUAGCAUUGUGGAAAUCGGUAUCCAGCUCUUCCUCGGCGUUGUUGUAGCACCAGUCGUCCUCCAACACAUGCGCCAAGGCCUCGGCCUCAGCAUUGUCACCUCCCGACCUGAGCACAACACACAACACAUCGACACGACCAAACCUUGGGCGGUACGUUCUCGUCUGUCUGUCUGUCUGUCUCUUCGUACGUGAGUGCUUUCAGGGCUUUCACAACGUCCCAGGUCUUGAUGCCGGCGACCAGGGCGACGUAGCUCAUGAAAGCAGUCCCUGGCAGCAUCGCCACUGUCAAAAGACUGUAGCCGAUGGUGAAGCCGAGGCCAGCGAAGUGGACCGACCACGCCAGGGCUGCACAUUUGCGUGCAUCCUCGUCAGUGAGUGUAAGACGGCCCUUGAGAAAUAGAACCAGGCUGCGAGUACGCGCACACCAACACAUACAUACACGCAUACCGUCGAAAGGCCGUGUCUCUCCUGAGUUACGCAUCGGUUAUGGUGCUGUAUUCUGUCAGCGAGGCCCUCUGCUUCCAGGCCGCGCUGCCGGCAUAAAGGACGCCGCCAAUGCCGGAAAAGAGCGGGUUGGCUGAGAGGUACCCCAGCAUCGAAAGGUGCUUGACAGAUGAGUCGGCUGCCUUCAGCAAUGCGUCCUCAUCACACGUUGCCCUGUCACGCGCACACCUAUAACCUGACGAUUAAGACAGAGAAGUACACACGAUACGACAUACAUGCAUUCGUGCUUACCUAAGUAGCACUCGACAGGCCGCUCUGACACAGACACACACACACACACACACUGGGCAUUGUCCAUCCAUCCAUCCCUCCCUCCCUCCAUUGCCGCCUACCUGGUGGGCAUAGCUGUGUCUUGUCGACUUUUAGGCACACGAGCUGGGCCUGUUCCUGCAUGAUGCUUUUCAGGCGGCUCACACCUAUAAUCACGUUGUACAAAAACAAAUGAAGCGGGCUCUCGGCGGCAUCGGGCAGAUUGUCGAUAAGGGCCUGCAUCUGAACAAGACAGAGAAGAAAAACCAACAAGCUGCAUGCGCCGUACUAUUGUCAUCUCCUGUGUCUCCUCACUUACCCAUUGUGGUCGGAAUUUGCAAACGACGAGCAAGGCGGGCCUCAAGUUGACUAAGUCAUUACCCCUGCAUGACAGAGGGAUGAAUGGGGUAAUGAUCAUUCGAAUGCCUCGGGGUGAGGGCACUCACACGUAAACCUUCAGUUCUUUCCAGAUGGCUCUGUCCUUUUUAAUGGCCUUACACACGUCGGACUCCACCUUGGCAAGCUGAAUCCCCCGGCGGAUGGCGCGGGGGUGUGCUGCACCAGAGGCAAGGACACGGCUCAUGGUCAGCAGAAGGAUGCCGAACGUGGAAGGGCAAAGCCUCAUUCUCGCGCGGGCGUCUCAGAC